AUGCUUAUGUAUUUAUAUUCUAAAUUUUCUAUUACAGAAGCAAUAUCCCCUGAAGACCAAUCAACGUCAGCAUCAUGGUGGCAAGCAGGCACAGCUACACCAUUCCGGGACAGUAGUAACAGUUUCGCGUCAACACACGGCAUUGUCCAAACUCAUCCGAGUGUAAACGAUCCGUUCAACUCCUUCGGGUCCAUCGACAGCACCAUUGGACCAUCAGCGAAUCCAUUCUUGCAAACUAGCGGCAGCGGUCCGCUAAGUGGCACAUUCAGGAACAAUCCUUUACCACCUUUAGUGAAGACAUCUAACGGCAAGCUGUCAUUGAAACAUUUAGAUUUUACAAGCAGCGCCACAGCUGAACUAAGAAGAAACCCGGCUUUAUCCGCCCCUGAUGAAUGCGCAAGAGCCUGUAGAGAAAAUGAACCACCAAGGAUAUGCUACUAUCACUUUACCCUUGAAUUUUACACAGUCUUAGGAGCAGCUUGUCAAGUAUGUACACCAAACGCAACUAAUUCGGUAUGGUCGCACUGCCAAUGUGUAUUAGCUGAUGGAGUCGAGCGUGGUAUUCUUACGGUAAACAGAAUGUUGCCUGGUCCUUCUAUUCAAGUAUGUGAAAAUGAUAAAGUAGUUAUUGAUGUUGAAAACCAUAUGGAAGGUAUGGAAGUGACCAUUCACUGGCACGGUAUCUGGCAACGUGGUUCACAAUACUAUGAUGGUGUACCAUUUGUAACUCAAUGCCCGAUUCAACAAGGAAACACAUUCAGAUAUCAAUGGCAAGGUAAUGCGGGUACUCACUUUUGGCAUGCUCAUACUGGUCUGCAGAAGUUGGAUGGUAUUUACGGAAGCAUUAUAGUUCGUCAACCACCGUCUAAAGAUCCUAACAGUCACUUAUACGAUUACGAUUUGACGACUCACGUCAUGUUAAUCAGUGAUUGGCUUCACGAAGAUGCUGCUGAAAGGUACCCAGGACGUCUUGCUGUAAACACUGGUCAAGAUCCUGAAAGUGUACUGAUUAACGGAAAAGGACAGUUCAGAGACCCUAAUACUGGUUUUAUGACUAACACUCCUCUUGAAGUAUUUACUAUCACGCCUGGCAAAAGAUACAGGAUGAGAUUGAUUAACGCCUUUGCAUCAGUUUGCCCCGCUCAAGUUACGAUCGAGGGCCAUAAUUUGACAAUCAUCGCAACUGACGGUGAACCAGUACAGCCCGUACAAGUUAAUACAAUCAUUUCUUUCUCUGGCGAACGUUACGACUUUGUUAUCGAAGCGAAUAAUAUCCCUGCUGCGUACUGGAUUCAAGUACGUGGCCUCGGAGAAUGUGGUAAUAAGAGAAGUCAACAACUCGGUAUUCUUCGGUACGCUAGAGGACCUUAUCAACCAUCAUCUGCUCCACCAACUUACGACGUCGGACUCCCACAGGGAGUGGUUAUGAACCCCUUGGAUGCAAGAUGUAAUAUUCCUAGAAACGAUGCUAUUUGCGUCAGCCAAUUGAAAAAUGCACAAAAUAUCGAUCCCGCGAUUUUACAAGAGAGACCUGACGUCAAGAUCUUCUUGCCAUUCCGUUUCUUCGUCUAUAGACCAGAAAUGUUAUUCCAACCUAACACCUACAACAGAUUUUUGGUGGCACCCCAAGGAGAUCAUGUAAUCUCUUUAAUAGAUGAAAUUUCAUAUAUGGCUGCGCCUGCGCCUCUUCUCAGUCAAUAUGAUGAUAUAAACCCGGAACAAUUCUGUAACGGAGAUAACAGACCAGCUGAUUGUGGACAGAAUUGCAUGUGCACGCACAAAGUAGAUAUCCCUCUUAACGCUAUAGUAGAAAUCGUACUGGUAGAUGAAGUACAAAUCGUCAACUUAUCUCAUCCGUUCCACUUGCACGGAUAUUCUUACAAUGUUGUCGGUAUCGGUAGAUCACCGGAUCAAAAUGUGAAGAAAAUUAACUUAAAACACGCUCUUGAUUUAGAUAGGAGAGGAUUACUAGAUCGUCAUUUAAAACAGGGUGACCUGCCACCUGCAAAGGAUACUAUUGCCGUUCCUAAUAAUGGUUACGUUAUUCUUCGUUUUAGAGCCAACAAUCCUGGUUUUUGGCUUCUUCAUUGUCACUUUUUAUUCCACAUUGUUAUUGGUAUGAACGUCGUCCUUCAAGUGGGCACCCACGCAGAUCUUCCUCCCGUACCUCCUAACUUCCCUACCUGUGGAGACCAUCUCCCUCCCAUUAAA